AUGAAGCUUGGGCAGUGGUUGACGUCGUGGUGGUUGGGCUCACUGGCACUAUGCUCGUGGUACUCACUGGCUGGCGCGCAGAGCCCAGAGAUCUCUGUCAACCGUUUUGCCAACCUACCCGCUCGGCUGUUCUUCCUGGACGAUACUACCACGCUGUUCUACCAUGACGCAAACGAGGGGAAUGUCUAUGUCUCACAAGACGAAGGCAAGAGCUGGGAACGCGCCGCUGGCGUACCUACAGGGCAGGCGAGCAUGAUCAUCGAGCACCCAUUCCAAAACAGAUACGCCUUCAUUCUUUCGAAAGGCACCACGCAUUGGCGAACGGAUGAUCGCGGCAAGACCUGGCGCUCGUUUAGCAUGCCCGUUCCUCCCGCAUGGGUCGCGAAUCCACUUUCCUUCCAUUCGGACGGCCGGAAAUUUGGCUAUAUCCUCUACCAAGGCACCAAGUGCGAACGUGGCACGGGCUGGGGCUCCGUGUGUCACGAUGAGACCUAUUAUACGAAAGAAGCCUUCGGUGAUACGCCGAAGCUGCUCCUCUCCGAGACGACGCGCUGCCAAUUCGCUCACAGCGGCAAGGACUUCAAGCACGACGCGCACGAAGACCUCAUCUACUGUGUCGGCUUCGACACCAGCACGACCUCGGGCGGCCAGUCGCUCUCCAACUCGCGCCUUUUCUCUAGCACCGACUUUUUCGUCAACGAGAACAGGGUCGAGACGCUCGGGAUCGGCAAGAACGCGCGGGGCGUGAUCGCGUUCGCGAUCGUGAGCAAGUUUGCCGUCGUCGCGCUCAAGGAUCUCAGUCCGGGCAACAACGGCGAGAUGCUGCUCUACGUCAGCGUGGACACCAAAAACUGGGCGCAGGCCAAGUUCCCGCACGCGAGCUCGGCCACGCUCCGGGAGAACGCGUACACGAUUGUCGAGUCGACGACGCAUUCACUCGGGGUCGACGUCGUGCUGCAGGACAUGAGCACCAUCGGCACGCUGUUCGUCAGUAACUCGAACGGCACGUAUUUCGUGGAGAGCCUUCAGGACACGAACCGGAACGAGAUGGGUUACGUCGAUUUCGAGCAGCUUUAUGGCGUGGAGGGCGUCGGGAUCGCGAAUGUUGUCAGCAAUGCGCAGGAGGUCGCGAGGAACAUGCCGAAGCGGUUACAGUCUAGGAUCACGUUUGACGAUGGAAGGACCUGGGAUCCCAUCCGGGCUCCCUCCCAGGACAGCGAGGGCAACCGCGUGGACUGCAACCCGGCCGAGCUCGACAAAUGCUCGCUCCAUUUGCAUUCCGUAACGCUCCCGCACAACUUUGGGCGGAUCUUCUCGUCGCCGGCGCCGGGUUUCGUCAUGGCCGUCGGCUCCGUCGGGUCAUAUCUCAAACCGUACGAAGAGUGCGAUACGUUCCUCAGCACCGACGCCGGCGUGACGUGGAAGAUGAUCCACAAGGAUGCGCACUUGUACGAGUUUGGCGAUCAAGGCAGUAUCCUCGUUAUCGUCAACGACGAAGAGAAUGUCGACACCGUCCGAUACUCGACGAACCUAGGCAAAGACUGGAAAGAGCUUCAGCUCCCCCACAAGCUCAAGGCGCGCGCGCUGACGACUGUACCGGACUCGACUUCGCAGAAGUUCGUGCUGCUCGGCCAACUGUCCCGUUCCGAGGCGACGGCCGAGGGGCGAUAUGUGACAGUGUUCUUGGACUUUGCGUCGACGCGUCCGCGGCAGUGUACCGAGAACGACUUUGAAAAAUGGUAUGCGCGGAAGAAGGAUAAGGAGUGUCUCAUGGGUCACAAGCAAUGGUACAAGCGUCGCAAGGCAGACGCCAACUGCUACGUCGGAGAUAAGUUUAACGAUCCCGUAGAACACGAAGAGAACUGUCCGUGCGAAGACGACGACUACGAAUGCGACUACAACUUCAUCCGGUCGGGAGAUAAGUGUAUACCUACCGGACCUGAGCCGAUCCCGGCUGGAGUUUGUCCGCCUGACCACCCGGAACAGACGUACAUGGGUUCGUCGGGAUAUCGGCUCAUACCAGGGAACACUUGUGAUCGCAACAGGGGCGUCAAGAAGGACGAGAAGGUGAAGAAGGAAUGCUCACAAGCCCAACCACCCGAGGGAGAAGUAACACAUCGGAUCCACGAAUUCCCCGCGUCCAUCCAAGAGCAUUCGUAUUUUGAGGACUCCUCGACGAUCUUGGUGAAACUGAGUGACGGGAGUGUCUGGCAAUCAAGCAACGAGGGAUAUAUUUGGGACCAACCCGUGGAGGGCAAGAAGUUCCUCGUCUUCUAUAUGCACCGCUACGCCUCAGACCGCGCAUAUCUCCUUACCGCUGGUACGGAGCAUUACUAUACCACCGACACGGGCAAGACGUGGAACACGUUCAAGACGCCGACCCCCCCGAACUCAUUCCGCGCCGACGUGCUACGGUUCCACCCAACGCAGUCCGACUGGCUCAUCUGGACCGGGAACAAGGACUGCGACGGCAACAACGGCAACUGCCACGUGGAGGCGCACUAUUCGAGGGACCACGGCCGGAAGUGGUACUCCAUCGAAAAGUACGUGCGGAACUGCCAGUGGGCGCGCGACAGGGAGCUCAAGACGGACCCGACGGAGAUCGUGUGCGAGUCGUACCGGGACAAGAAGGGCGACCAGCGCACGUUCGGCGAUCGGAACCCGCUCCAGCUUAUCACGGGUCCGCAGUAUUACACGCAGAAGGAGAAGGUGUUCGACCAGGUGGUUGGCUUCGCAAAGUUUUCUGAGUACUUGGUAGUUGCUGAGUAUCAAUCCGCUCGUCAAACGCUGGAGUUGCAAGUUUCGCUCGAUGGCAGGAGGUUCGCGACGGGCAUGUUCCCUCCUAAAGCCCGCCCGGAGCAUCAGCAUGCGUACACGAUCCUCGAGUCCAGCACUGAUGCGCUCUUCAUGCACGUCACGACGUCGGACUUUGCCUCCCCUCCUUGGGGCAGCAUCCUCAAGUCGAACUCGAACGGCACGUACUUCACAAUCUCGCAGGAGUAUGUGAACCGCAACGACCGUGGCUACGUCGACUUCGAGAAGAUGAUCGGCUUGGAUGGAAUAGCAUUGAUUAAUGUCGUUUCGAACCCCAACGAUGCAAUCGUGACGGGUAGCAAGACGCUGCAGUCCCGCAUAUCUCACAACGACGGUGGGUCCUGGCAAACUCUUAGCCCGCCCAAGACCGAUUCCCAGGGGAAUCCGUACUCGUGCAACACUGCGGCUUGCGCGCUUCACGUCCAUGGUUACACCGAGCGCCGAGACCCUAGAGCAACCUAUAGCACGCCUUCGGUCCCUGGCCUCCUCAUGGCGGUCGGAAAUGUCGGUGAAGGACUUGCGCCCUACACCGAGAGCGACACUUUCCUCAGUCGAGACGCCGGCUUCACCUGGGAAGAAGUGCACAAGGACGCCCACAUGUGGGAGUUCGGUGACUCCGGCUCCAUCCUGGUCAUGGCCAACGACGAAGAGCCGACCGACCACGUCCUCUUCUCCACCGACGAGGGACUGAACUGGAGAGAGUAUACCUUUGGGACGGAGAAACUCAGGGUGAACAGCAUCGUCACCGUGCCGAGCGAUACGAGUAGAAAGUUCAUCCUGUUCGGGACGUACUCCCGGUCGUCGGCGGCUGUGGCUGUUUACAUCGAUUUCUCGUCCUUGACCCUCAAACAAUGUGGGUGCGUUUUCAGCCUUGAAAAUCCGGGGCACGACGAUUUCGAACUGUGGAGUCCCGCCGAAGAACGCUCAGAAAGGUGUCUGUUUGGCCGCCAAACGCUCUAUCACCGCCGGAAACGGGACGCAAAUUGCGUUGUCGGGAAACAGCCCAAGGUAGAGGACAAGAUUAUCAAGAACUGCGCCUGUGAAAGGGCGGAUUUCGAAUGCGAGUUCAAUUACCAAAUGAACGCGGCGGGAGAAUGUGUCCUGAUACCUGGCCUGAAACCAUUGCCCAGCGACGACGCCGAGUGCUGGGAGGGUUCGGACUAUUGGUACGAUCGGACAGCCUAUCGCAAGAUCCCCUACUCGACGUGCGAGGGCGGCGAAACACUACACCAUGGAGCCAGACACGUCUGCCCUGGUUUCAAGGCCCACGGCGCGGCAUUCUGGUGGACGAUCUUCCUGCUGCCGUUCGCGAUCACGGCCCUGGUAGCGUACUGGUACUACCGCCGCAGCGGCAUGGCUCGCGGAACCAUCCGUCUCCCCGGCGACAGCGGCGGACGAUAUCGAUCGGAGUCGGGCUUGCUCGACACGCUCGCUUCCGUUCCUUGGUUCUUGGUCGGGUUGGCCGGGAUCGCUUGGGAGUACGUGGCCUCGUCGGCCGGGUCAUUGGCAUCGCAGUUCCAGUCCAGGAGAGGCUAUCGGAACGUGCCGGUCGACGAAGACGCGCAGAUACUGCGAUUUGAGGAUGAGGAAUAG